AUGGAAUGGGGUAACGGGGAAACAAGUUAUAACAAAGAGUUAUUAGGCACCGGUGGUGGAAGUUGGAGCGGUGGUUGCAGCGACGGUCUUCUUGCGACGGCACAAUUUGCGAUGAGAUUGCCAUCAACUCGACAAGCGCUCUUUCACGAGAAUUGUGGUAUUCGGUUAUCCAGUGCUUCUGAAGCUCAGCCACAAUGCGUUUUGUGCGAUCGUCGACCGGUUCUGACAUAUCGUCACUCGGUGUUUGGAAGUUGUUCAUCUGAUCGAUAUCCGCUGAGCAUUUUUGCUCGCCAGCCAUUUGUUUUUCUGAAAAAGGAAGAAAAAAUAAUUCUCUCGAUGCUUAUUAUCCAAAUCGAUACGUGUUUGCUCGAGUUCCUCCUGGAACUGUUGCAAAAGAUCAGCACGAAUCUUUUGCUGAUCUUGCAUAAAUUCCUGAUGAAGUUUCUCGGUGAGCUCAACAAGACAUUUCUCUCGAGAAGUGUGAUAUUCGUUGAGCCAGUGACGUUGCAAAUCGAUAAUCAUUCGCUUCAUUCCUUCGCUUACGUGUACGCCGUCCAAGUGGUACUGAAAUACGUGCAACUUGAACAACAAGCAUAA